GUGGUUCGUGCGGUGCUCAAGAUGAAAUCCGAGUCGAACAUCUUUCUCUAUCUGCUCAGCCUCUGCUGCUGCUGCUGCCUCUAUGGUUUAGCUUCUGGCUAUGCCUAUGAGCCACCGUUUCGUGGUUACUUCUAUAACAAGCCAGCUCGGCAGCCGGCUCUGCUAGGGAAUAGCUCUGCACCGCCGCCCGGCGCGCAAGCGGAUUACAUCGAUGAUCUAAUCGAGCAGCAGAAGCAACAAAUCUUGUCAAGUGUGCUGGGCUCCAGUUCGGCCGCAGCCGCUGCCCCGCCCAGUGGCCAGCCUUUCGACAGCGACAGCGAUGCCAAGGCCAUUCGCGUCAACCGUUGCGCCAAUUGCACCUGCGGCGUGCCCAAUGCCGAUCGCAUUGUGGGCGGCACUCAGGUGCGCACCAACAAGUACCCGUGGAUAGCUCAGAUGUUGCGCGGUGCGGAGCUCUUCUGCGGCGGCACUUUGAUCAACGAUCGCUAUGUGCUGACCGCUGCGCAUUGUGUGCAUGAGAUGGACAUGUCGGGCGUCUCGGUGCGGCUGCUCCAGCUGGAUCGCAGCUCCACGCACCUGGGCAUAACGCGCGCCGUGGCGUUUGCGCAUGCCCAUCUGGGCUAUGAUCCGGUUAGCCUGGUGCAUGACAUUGCGCUGCUGCGCCUGGACGCGCCCGUGCCGCUGAUGAAGCGGAUGCGACCCGUCUGCCUGCCCACCAAUCGAUUCCAGUCGUUUGACUACCAAAAGGCCAUUGUCGCCGGCUGGGGGCUGAGCGACGAGGGCGGCGUCACCUCGAGCGUGCUGCAGGAGACCACGGUGCCCAUCAUCACGAACGCCCAGUGCCGGGCCACCUCCUACAAGACCAUGAUCGUGGACACGAUGCUAUGCGCCGGCUACGUGCAGACAGGUGGCCGGGAUGCCUGCCAGGGCGACAGCGGCGGUCCACUCAUAGUGCCGGAUCGCAUCUUCCGUUUAGCUGGCGUCGUCUCCUUCGGCUACGGCUGUGCCAAGCCAAACGCUCCUGGGGUCUAUACAAGAGUCAGCAGAUACCUGGACUGGAUCGCUGCCAAUACCAGAGAUUCCUGUUAUUGUAAUAAAUAA